AAGAAACCUCUAAUGGAGACCAGACCUAAACCAACCAUCAACUAUGAAGAUUUUGAACCUCUAUGCAAAUGGAAAAGAGAAGAAGAAAGAGACUUGCUUGAGGUCUAUCUCCAAGAAUCAAGAGUGAAUUCUCUCUGAUCCAGGAAACGGUAAUCUACUGUAGGCUAUAGUUCUACUUCCUUUCCUUUUGGUGUUAAAAAAAAAAAAAAAGAGAAACCUCUGAAAAUAAGAAAAAAGAAGAUAAAAAACAUCAAAAAAUGGCUCCGAAGAAGCAGCCUCCAGGCCCCCGCCCGAAACGCGCCGUGAGAGCCACCUCCAAGCGUUCCGUUCCUGACCCUAGCACUAGCCCUAAUCCUUCUUCUAGUUCCUUGACCGCUGUUAAAUUUCAACACAAUGGUGAAAUCAAAACAACAGCAGAAUCAGCUCCUCAAGGUACCGCUUUGCCGAUUUUUUCUCCUCCGAUCGCAACAGAAACAGCUUCCUCUAGACCUUCGAUUAUAGGUAAUGCAGAAACCGGGUCCGUAAGCGCAGUGGAAGAGACGCUGCAAAAUUCUGCAAUGGAACCAAGAAAUGAAAUAAUUAGCGCGGGAAACGAAACCCUAGCUCAGGAGAAUGGGAAUCCGGAAGUCACGCCUGGAAUUGGCACCGGAAUGCUGGGGAAUGCAGCGAUUGCUGGGAGCGAGAGUGCUAAUGAGACAGGGAAGCCGAAGAAGAAAAAGAAGAAGGUGGUGGUCAAGGUUGUGAAGAAAAUAGUGAAGAAGAGAGUGCCUAAAUCAAUGCUUAAGGGCCUGCUUGCUCGUUCAAAUAAAGAAUUGACGACAGAGGAGGUUUUGGAUGAUAAUGGUGGAAAAAUUAGCUGCGGUGAUGGUGUUUCUCCUACAUUACAAGAAGUUGCAAUGGUCAAAUUGAGUGAAGGAUCAUCAGAGGAUAAAAGAUUGGAGAAACAACGGGAGAUUUUCAAUGUUGAACCUACCAUACCUGAGCAGGAAGUUGGAAAGGUUGAUUCUUCAAUUUCUGUCCCGGUUGAAAUUUCUGAUGCUACCGUGACACUGUCAGUUGAAGAAGCUGAAAACCCAAAUCAGCCUGUUGAUGCUUCUACGGAAGUUCAAAUGUUGAAAACAACGGAUGAAGAAGGAAAAGAAGUUUCUGCUAGUGAAAUUCUAGUGGAUGGUGAAAAGAAUGAUGGUGCAGUUGAAUCUGAUUCUGCUAUUGCAAAGCCUAUGGAAGUGGUAAAUGUGAAUGCAGUUGGGGAUAGAAAUAGCGAGUUUUCUGUUGGUUUUUCUACGGAAGUUGAAAAGUUGAAGACAAUUGAUGAAGAAAGUAAAGAAGUUUCUGUGGGUGAAAUUCCAGUAAAUGGUGAAAAGAAUGAUUUUGUAGCUGAGAAAUCUGAUUCUGCUACUGCAAUGCCCAUGGAAGUGGUGAAUCUUGGUGUAGCUGGGGACAGAAAUAGUGAGUUUGCUGGCUUGAGGAGUGGAUAUGGGGAGGUUGAGAAGGACGUGGAGAAAGGUAAUGGCAGGAUAGUUUUAAGUGGUGAAUUGGAAGCACUGGAGAGGAGGAGGAGGAGGAAGACGGAGAUUUUUAUUGGUGGAUUGAACACUGUUGCUAAAGAGGAGGACGUCAGGAAAGUUUUUGAGGAAGUGGGUAAUGUCGUGGAGGUAAGGUUGGUGAUUAAUAGCAAGACAGGGAAGAAUAAGGGCUUUGCAUUUGUGCGGUUUGCUUCAGCAGCUGAUGCAAAGAAGGCAUUGGACAAAUACUCAAAUGUUGAGAUUUGUGGAAAGCAGUGUACUACAGCACCAGUUGAGGGCAAUGAUACACUUUUUCUUGGUAACAUUGACAAAAAGUGGAAAAAUGAAGAUGUUAUAAAACUUUUGCAAGAGAUAGGAAUUGAAAAAAUAGAUAAAGUCACAGUGAUGAUUGACCCUUCUAAUGUGGAACGUAAUCGUGGGUUUGCAUUUUUAGAGCUUGAAACUUAUAAAGAUGCUCAAAUUGCUCUCAAGAAACUCCAAAAAAAGGACCUGCUAAAGCUUCAAAAUAUAAAAGUUGCUUGGGCUGAACCCUUAAGUGAGCCAGAUGAAGAAGAACUUCUCAAGGUGAAGUCAGUUUAUGCAGAGUAUUUACCUUCCUCAUGGGAUGAAGAGAAAGUGGGAAGUUACUUUACGAAGUUUGGAGAAAUUGAAAACGUUGUUCUUUCCCGCAAUCUACAUUCUUCAAGGAGAAAGGACUUUGCCUUCAUUAAUUUUAAGAACCGUGAAGCAGCUCUUGCAUGCAUCGAAUCAUUCAAGAAUGAAAUGCUGGCAGUUGAGGGAUCUCAGGUAAAUGUGAAGGUAUCCCUUGCAAAACCUAUGCCUAAGGGCAAGCCUCAUAAAAAAGUCCAGAAGUCUACUAAUAAAGAAAUUUCCAAACAGAAGCAAGUGAACCGACGUCCUGAAAAGCCAAUUGAACCCAAAAUAAAGGAAACUCCUAUAAUUCAAAUUAACAAUCAGAGGACGGAUGAUACAAGAUCCCCUGGAACUGCUGAUCUUGAGAAACUCUUAGCAGAGAGAGCUCUAUGGAAGCAAAUGCAAUCAAGAUUGGGUACAGGCAUGGCCAAUCUGGAUUAUCAGCAAUCAUCACCUGGACAGAAACGCACUUUUUCUGCUUUGGGAGAUAAUUUAAACUAUUCAGAACUAAGAGGGUACCCACGUGUUCGUAUGGAAAAUUCAUUUCCGGCUGGACGCCCAAGCUAUGAUGAAGUUCCCCCAAGCUUUGGUGUGGCUCCUCCCUCUUAUUAUCAGCAACGAGGUGCUGAUUAUUCAAUAGGUCACAGAUAUUCAGAUUAUGCGAAUACUUUUCAGAGGGAAGAUGCUCCUUGCCGAGGAAAUAUUGGCAGAGACUACUACAGAUAUUGAUGAAUUCAUCUGAUGUUGGAAAAGGCGGAACUAACAGGCUUUUAGGAUGAAGCGAGGAAAUUUUUUACUUGCGGCGUCUUCUAAGUUAACCUGUAUCAUUUGUUGUUGCAAUUAAUAAUGUAAUAUAUGAAAAAUCUUGUAUAGGUUAACUUAAUUCUUUUAAUAGCAGUUAUACUUUAAUUAUUUCAUACCUCCUUUUUUCACGAAGUAUCAGAGAGCAUGAAAAUUGAUAUUUAGGUUA